AUGGGAGGAUUAGUUAACUUUUUCUCGGUCCCCUGGGUCUCCGAGGAUGGUUACGAUGAUGUGUUUGUUGUGACUUAUCCAAAAUCAGGGACAACAUGGAUUUCGGAGAUCUUGUGGCAGGUGUAUAAUGACGGUGCAGAAAGUACCGCAAUGAUUUUUGAUCGGGUUUCGUUUUUGGAGCGUGACCGACUUGAUGUCACAACUCUCCCCAGUCCACGGCUUCUCCAUUCUCAUCUGACCUAUGAUGUCAUUCCUAAAGGAAAAAGCAAAGAUACACAAUGCAAAUAUAUUUAUGUCGCGCGGAAUCCAAAGGACGUAGCUGUGUCAUUUUAUGAGUUUAUGAAGGAUUAUGGUUCUCUUUCUGGGUUUAACGGUCCUUGGGAAUUUUUUGCUAGAUUAUUUGCAGAGGGGAAAGUGGUAUAUGGUCAGUGGAGUGAUCAUGUUCUAGGCUGGUGGAGUCAGAGAGAGGAUCCAAAUGUCUUAUUCCUCAAGUAUGAAGACUUGAUUAAGGAUUUGCACAGUAAUGUUUGCUUAAUUGCCAAAUUCCUUGGUAAAAAACUUUCAGAAGAUACAAUUAAAAAAAUUUCUGGACAGUGCAGCUUUAAUGGAAUGAAGAAGAACAUGUCAAAUUACUGGCAAGAACGUACAGCUCAGGGGCCAAAACUGUUACGCAAAGGAAAGAUUGGUGAUUGGAAAAAUUAUUUCACCCAGGAACAGAAUGAGAGGUUUGAAAAUGAGGUUAUGAAGAAGCUGAUAGGGACUGGGCUGAAAUUUGAUUUUGAAGAUUGAACUGAUUAAGAUUUUGAAAUGAUGUCUACCUUUGGUAUUACUUUUUACAGUUGAAUAUAAUGGGAAAUUUAAUUUCUAAAAUUGAACUGUUGUGUUGGGUGGAUAGGGGGUAUUACAAGAUAAUUUGGUUUUAUCAAGUAAGUUGAUUAUGUAAAUUGGCCAUGGCAAAGAGUGUUUAAAGGUGAUGUUUUGACCAUUAGCCUUAACCAUUUUCCCUGAUGAAGGACUAAUGCUGGAAACAUCAGAUGGUCAAAUUAUCAUGUGUUUACAGUUACUGUAGAAAUGUGCUGGCCACUGGUUUUGUGGAAUAAACAUAUCACAAAAUG